CGUAAUACCAUACACUCUCAAAAUUAAACUUAAUAGUUUUGGUUUUGAGAGUUUAGAGCUAAGUAAACAUAAUGUUUUUGGGUGCAGCUGCUACCUCAUUGUUCUAUCCUCCAAUCAAACCUUCUUUUGUUACGAAAUAUUUCACCAAAACAAACCUGCACUUUGCUGCAAAUCAUCCUACUAAAAUGAGUGCUAUUAGUCGGAAAAAUGAGCAAACACAUUCCUUCUUCACUUCUUGCUGCCACCCACCGACGUCGGAACUCAAAGCAGCGGCGGCGGCGGCGGUUGAUUCUCAAGAUGGGCACACAGGAAUAGGUAUCCUUGAAUUUUUUCAAGGGAAGAACAUUUUUGUUACUGGUGCAACUGGUCUCCUUGGAAAAGUUGUUGUGGAAAAGCUAUUAAGAUCAACCUCGAUGGGAAAAAUCUACUUGCUAGUAAAGGCAAAAGACAAGGAAGCUGCGUUUGAUAGAUUACAAAGCGAAAUAAUAAGUUCGGAGUUGUUCGCAAGCGUGAAAGAAAAAUAUGGGACAUCUUAUAUAGGUUUGGUAAAGGAGAAGCUAAUACCAAUUGUGGGAGACAUAUGCAAACCAAAUAUGGGAAUGGAUUCUGAAUCUAUUGAUGCUGUUAGGAAAGAUGUACAUGUUAUCAUCCAUUCUGCAGCUUCCACGACCUUCAAUGAGAGGUAUGACUUGUUAGUUGAUUCAAAUGUGAUUGCGCCUCAACGACUGAUGAGAUUUGCCAAGACAUGCAAUAAACUCCAGCUCUUCACACAUAUAUCAACGGCUUAUGUUAAUGAGAGAAGAGAAGGUAUAAUAUCGGAAGAGUCGAUGAUUAUGGGAGGAGAUGACGGUGUGGUUGAUGUAGCUAAUGAAAUUAGCUUGCUUCUCAAAUCAUCCCCAAACAAUAAUGACGCUACCAAUUAUUUCAGAAAGCUGGGCCGACAGAGAGCUGAAAUGUUGGGAUGGAGUACUACAUAUCAGCUAAGUAAAGCUAUGGGUGAGAUGUGUCUGAAUGAAAUAAGAGGAGAUGUUCCUCUCCUAAUAAUUAGGCCAUCCAUUAUAGAGAGUUGUUACAAUGAACCUCUCCCGGGUUGGAUACAAGGAAUGAGGAUGUGUGAUCCAAUUAUCAUAAGGUAUGGGAGAGGACAGCUCCCAGCUUUUGUUGCAAAUCCUCAAGCACCUAUGGAUCUUAUACCGGUGGAUUUAGCAGCGAAUACGGUGAUUGCCGCUAUUGCAAAGUGUGGAAAUAUGGAUAUGCAAGAAGCCGUUGUGUACCACGUGGCAUCUAGCCAUUCGAAUCCUAUAACACUAUCCGACUUCUUUGAAUAUCUUCAUCAAUACUUCAAAGCGGCUCCUUUGAGAGGUGAGAGACCAGAAAUCGCAAAAAUCAAAAUUUUCGAAAAUUUCGAUGAAUUCUCGAAAUGCACGAGAGAGGAAAUUUUGGGAGUUGGUGAAGAUGGAAACAAGAGUAUUCGAGAGUGCAAUGCCAAAGCUGAAUUUAUUGAGCAACUUUGUAAGACGUAUGAAUUCGUGGUAUUCUCCAAAGCAAGGUUUCAUACAGGAAAUACGCAUAAGUUAAUUGAAGAAAUGUCAAAGGUGGAGCAACUUAAGUUUGAAGUGGAUGUCAAGAAUAUCAACUGGAAAAAGUAUUUACAAGAAAUUCACAUCCCAGGACUCAUAAAAAGUAUUUAUAUGCAAUAAAUGGCUAGCUAUAGUACUCCAUCCAAGAAUUUGUUCAUGACUUUGAAGCUCUAUUGCAGUUUACUUUGAUGAAAAACAAGAGAAUACAUUAUAUUUUCACCUAUUUUUUUAUCAUUA